AACCUGUCCAUAAGAGAAGCUACAAUAUUUCACUGAUCUUUACCAGUAGCUACGGGUGUUACUGCCAAGAUGCUUCUCCUGGUCGUCUUUCUUCAGGCACUGAGUGUCACCCUGUGCAUUGAGACUGCUCCUUAUACGGUGGUCAAUAAUGCUGAGACAUACGAGGAGCGUAUUUAUCCUGCUCAGAAGUGGGUGACUACAUCUCACCUCUCUAUCUCUCACAACCAAGCCUCCAACGACAUGUUUCACGAUCUCUUUAACUUCAUCGAUGGCCAGAACGACGCCGGCAUUAAGGUAGACAUGACUGCCCCCGUGACUGUCCUGGUGCAGCCUGGUGAAGGACCAAAUUGUGAGAACAACUUCACCAUGAGCUUCUAUGUUCCCGCUGCCCACCAGGACGCACCGCCCAAACCCCUCAACACCAACGUGUACAUAGAGGAGCGUCCAGAGCUGCACGUCUUCUCAAGGAGGUUCCACGGGUUUGCACAAGACGUGGACUGGAUCUUCAAUGCUGAUGCACUGGCUCAGGACCUCCUAGCAGACGGUGUGGAGGAUAUCAACCUGCAGCACUACUAUACCGCUGGCUACGACUCUCCCUUCGUUAUCUUUAACCGCACUAAUGAAGUCUGGAUCAUGAAGAAGUAAAAUAGACUUGAGUGAUCAUUUGGAUGCAGAGCACCUAUCUUUUACAGUGAUUCAUGAUUUUGUAUCCUAAAUUCAGGCAUCAGCUAUUGCUAUGUUAAAUUUAACUCAUUACAAUUUAGCACUAAGGAUAAAUGUGUUUCUCUUGAAUCAAAUAAAAAUAAAAUCAUUA